AUGUCCUCUCGACCCGAUUCUGCGGCCACGCGCCCGCGCUCUCGUCGCUCCAUUGCUCAUGUGCCGCGAUCUAAGAUGACGUCUGGACUGGAUAAAGAAAAUGCGACAACAGAUAUCGGCGCAGCGCCGCCAUUCGGGGCCAACAGCAAAUCUAUCACGAGGGACAAGAAGUCCCGAAGUAAGAGUUUAGGUCCUGGUGGUCUUGAUGCUCUGCAGAAUUCAAAUGGCAAUCGUCGCAAGUCGACGGCCUCUUUCCCCCUGAAAUCCAUUCUAAAGCCCACUGUACCUGUCUCACCGGUGCGCAAUAUCCCAUCCUUCGAGGAAACCCGCCGUCGCACCCCAGCUCGAGAUGCACCUAGCCAAAAAGCCAAUGCCGAUACUCAAAACCAAGAAGGCCUUUUGAUUGAUUUUGCGACCCCAUCUCAACCUCCUGUCUCAGACGCCGAUGACACCUCUAACCCUUUUGAUACCUUUAAUGCGACAUCGGCCAUUCGUGAUGAAAUGGCUGCAACCAAAGAACGUGACGACAAGGAACGCAAGGAACGUGAACGCCAGAACAUUUUGGAGAAACGCGAGGCGCGACGGAAGUCAAUGGCAAAUCGCCGUGUAUCGUUCGCACCUGAAGCUACUCUCCAUACGUGGAAUGUCGUUGAAAUUCCCGAUGACUCAACCUCAUCAUCUGCUGCAAAUUCGACCAGGCGUGCCUCUUCAAUUGCCGGCGCCCAGGGCGAGCACCCUCGGCCCUCUCCAGAAAAAGUAGCUCCCUCUUCUCCCGAUGGAGAUGCGGAGUCCGAAUUUGGCUUCUCGCCAGUUCGGCAACAGGACCUCGAACUGAUAAGAGGUCAAUCUAUGUCGUCUAGGGAAGAUGAAGGUGGCGCAGGCCUUUCCUCAAGUCCUUUUAGCGGAAGCUCGGUCUCUGGAAGCGAAGAUACAGGGGCGCAUAGUUUGGCUGGUGAGGACGACGAUGACCAUUCCUCGGAGUCCGAUGAUGGAUUUGACGCUGAGAGUACCGCCAUGAGUAUGGACGAUAUGACUUCCCGCUCCGCAGCAACCAUGCAGUCGGACGCAACCGCUAGUUCUAGCUCUAGUGCCAAACUCAACGAGGCACUACGCCAAGCUGCAAGAGAGGCCGGGACGCAGCUUCUUGAUGAUGGAAAUGGAGAUAUGUCCAUGGAAAUUGCAGAUGAAGAAAUCACAGGUGCUUUCCAGCCUUGGAUCAAAAAAGGUCAAAGCUUCGACUGGGACGAUAUCAGCUCUCGGCUUGAUCAGGAGAAUGUUGAUCCGGCCAAGGCCGGGUCCGGCGGACAGUAUGCAGAGUCAGAAGGAGACCAAGAUGAAGAACUCAGCAUGGAUGUUACAAAUGCUAUUGGGCGCAUUUUGGGCAAUGGUCGUCGACAAAGCGCCGCCCCUCGCAAAUCCCUUGGCCAGGAAACAACCUACGACGAUCAAACAAUGGAAAUGACUACCAUGGUUGGAGGCAUUGCGCAAGGAACCCCUGCUCAAUUCAACGAAGAUGACACCAAUGAGGAUGAAGAAAUGACCAUGGAGUUCACUGCAGCUGUUGGUGGUCUUUUGAAUAGAUGGCCAUCUCAAAAUCUACAAGAUCCUGAACAGCAGAAUUCAUCCACCCCAAAGUCUGAUCGUAUGGACUCCGAGCAAGACAAUGACUCUGAUGGGGGUAUGGAAAUGGAAAUGACAGGCGCUGUUGGUGGUAUUCUACCGCCUGGGCUCCAAACUCAAGACAGGGACCAAGCAAAGAUGCUUAUGGAACUCGAGACAGAGUCAGGACAACUUGGUAGUUCUCCUUUCCAAGAGAAUGUUCGACAAUCACCGGUAAAAUCUCCAGCAAAGUCUCCCCUCUCACACGUUGCCGCCGUGGCCUCUGAGAGUGGUAGCCCUAGUCUGGCAAGUAUUCGAUCCCGACCAUCGCGACGUAGCUCUAUAGCUGGAACGAGUACGCCAGGGACUCCAAAGUCAGCAAAACGCACUCCAUCAAAUAAGCCAUCGACACCUCCUAAACAGUCAACGCCUCAGGUAAAGCCUACUACACCGGGCAAGACCCCUCCGUCCGCCAAUGUUAGCUUUCGAAGCGCUUCGCCGAAGAAACUGUUUCGGCCUGAACUUCAGCAGUCUGCGGAAAGACGCAAAUCUCUUCGCCAAAGCAUAUUUGAACAGAAUAUGGCGACUGGACAGUCAACUCCUCGUAUCGUCUUGCAACCACGAGAGGGCCGUCGCUCCUCAGGGCUUGGGAUCGAUAAGGAGGGGCUUGGAUCUCCUCGCGUAGCUGCGAUACUAGACGAGCGUCCCUCGCUCGGUGAAAGCACCCCACAAUUUACUCCCCAGCAGCCGUCGCGAGGCGGCGUGCGCUUUGAGGAUCCAUUGAAAAUGCAAGAGGAUGAAGAACGAGAUCGCGAGCAGGAAGAGAUGAGGGAAGAUGGUCAUAUCCCUGUAUCUAAAUAUGGAGAUGGCGAUGUGACCUCCAACCUAAGGGAUAUGAUUUCAAGCAUGAGCCCCAAGAAGAGCAAGCUGGGCAACCGAAAGAGUCUGCAUGUUGGUGCGGCUCUUGGCAUCCUAGGCAAACGUCCUCUCGAGCUUGAUAUGGACGAUGAGGAGACGGAAAACUCUCCCAAGAGACUUCGUGGCCGAGAGGUCAGUCCAGUCAAAGGCGUGAGGCUGCCAGCACCAAUAGCUAGCGAUGAGAGAAACCGCCGGUCGAUCCGGUCUCCCAUUCGGAGAGCUCGCAGCUCUUCGCCACUUAAAGGCAGCACUACCCCUACUUCAAUUUCAGAGCUUCAAACCCCCACCAAGACUGGAGCAACUCCCAUCAAAGUGGGAGUCGAUGCCUUACAUAUUGCUUCUGAUCCUCAGCAACCGGAAGAGGAAGAGGUCUCGACUCAAGGUCAAAACACAGACUUCGAACCCAUUCAACUUCAAGAUUUCUUAAACAUGACUAAUAUUCAUUUUAUGGAACUCACGACAACAAAGAGACGGCACACAACUGCCCCUGGAAGUGCUAAAAAGAGGCUGUCGUCCAGAAGAUCGAGCGAGAUCGUUCCCAAGGCAGGCACGAUCACCUUUGAUGAUUGUGUGGCCGCUGGAUUCUGCACAGUCCCCAUGCUUGAACUUUACCAGCACUCCUGUCGUGAAUUGAAGUCUUAUAUCUCUGAAGGUCGGCAGGUGAUUCGGUCCAUUGAAGCAGAAACCUACACUGAGAAUCCCCCUCUUUUCCAGGAGUAUGUCACAGCCCCUCCCGACAUUCGCGUCAUUAUGGACAAUCAGUUCCGAAAUGUCAAGACCCACGCACGAUUACUCAGUAAAGCCACGUGGUAUGAGUGGCGCAUGAAGCUUCUUGAGGGUCUGAUGCAAGGUCUCCAUCGCCAUGUCGAUGAUAUGAAGGCCGAUGACGAAUUGUUGUCCAAGCGUGAAGAACUUCUCGGAAGCACCGUACCUUCGCUCGUGGAGAAGAAUGCCUUACUAGAGGAUGAAGCAAACAGCCUACAGCGAUUGGUGGAAGAGAUGGAAAGCUGCGACCAGGAUGAGCUACGGAAAGCACGUGAGAAGCUGUCCAACGUUGAAGACGAGAUUGAAGUCAAGAAACGGGAACUCCAGCAGCUGCAGAAUGAGGUUCACGAGAAGACUGUGUCGAUUGAAGCUGGCACAGAAAUGCGUGAAGAAUACAUGGCUCAAUUUCAGGAGGCCGAGCGAGUUAAAGAAGAAUGCCGUGGGUGGAGUGCUCGAGAUAUCAGUGACCUUAAAGCUUCCGUUCACCAGAUAGAGCGCCAGACCGGAUGGUCUAUCAUCGCUGCAUCAACACCGACAGAAUCUAGUGAUCCCAUGUUGACUAUGUCAUACCGAAGCCAGCUACAAAUCAAGUUCCACCCCGGAGCAUUCGCCACCAAGAAUUCAACCACCACCGAGAAGGCUAACCUCCCUCUUGAGUUGAUCUUUACCAAGAACAAGGCUAUAUCUCCCAUCGCAUCAUUGGUCCUGCAAUCAAUGCAGCAGCAUCUAGCUACGGUGCAGCAAUUUAAUGUUGCGCCGAAACAUCUUCUCCGCUUCAUAUCUACCGCAUGGGACCGCACUCUUGGCCUUGAAAACGAGGCCCGUAUGCUGGAAUUCUGUGGUGUAACGCGUCUCACCCUUUCCGAUCCAAGAAGCAACCUCUUUCUCCGCGCCCGUUGUACACUCCUCGGCAAUGCCGCUAUUCCAUCUACACCAGGCAGCAAAGGUGCCGCGGCAAAGUACGGCGGGGCUAAGCGGAUUGACGUUGAUUUCAUUGUGCGCACGCGCGUUAACCUGAAGGAUGACUCGCAGAGUAUUGGAAGCUUGGAUUUCGACAUGGAUGUUAUUGCGACCAAAGUCUAUGGCUUCGGCUCUGGUAACAAGGCCGGUUUACCAGACAAGGAGAUGCAAAGUAUUCUAGGCAAGGGGCUUGACAGUGGAGAGGCAGGAGCUCUUGGAAACGGAGUUUGGUGCAAGGCGGUCCAGAAGCUUACAGGGUCUGUGUUUUAA